AUGAAAGCAGAUAUAAAUUCAAUACCCUUAAAACAGUCAUUAACUAAGAUUCCAAACCCACCAGUUCAGACCAAGAAUUUCAACCAAAGUACUUCAUCUGUAAGUGUACCAGUACUUCCUCCAAAAAAACAACUUGUUAUAUCAGGUGCAAAGGUGCAACCUAAAGAUUCAGUACCAAAGGCUUUAGUAACUCCCGUUACAAAGCCAAUUCCUAAACCUGCAAUAAAAGCAAAUAUUCCAACAGUUCCUACAUCUGUACCAGAAUCUAAAGAAGUUCCUUUUUUAUCAGAAGCUCAUAAUGGUGAUAUUAAGAAACAGGAAUCCUUAAAAUAUAUAGCUACCAAAGACGAUACUAAACCACCAGAACCAACUAUUAAUAUUUCUAAAUCCCUAACAAAAUCUAUUACUACUAAAUCAUUAGACUUACCUGAUGUCUCUAAAUCUAUAAUGAAAGCUCCACCUAUUAAGUCAACUGCAACUCUUCCUACUGUUACUGUUACUAAAGGUAUAGUACCAGCUAUAAAAGUAGGUGAACCUGCUCCACCAAGUGUUAUUCCUAAAGUUGAAUACAAGGAAGAUAUAAAAAUCCCCGACAAACAAGUUGAUACUCAUGAACCAAUCCCUUUAGCUAAUUCUACAAGUUUAUCCAAUAAUAAUAUUAAGAAAUCUGUUGCAACCAAAUUACUUUCCAAUCUUUCUGUUAAUACUGAGUCAAGGAAUAUAUUAAAUAUUAAUACAAAAAAAACUAUUCCAGAACUGAAAAGUAAAUCUAAUGGAAUAAUUUUACAGAAUACUUCCUUAAAAGUAGAUUCUCAACCUGAGAAGGUGAAUAAGACAGAUUUAAUAUCUCCUAAUACUACUGAGGUUUCGAAUACUUUAGUAAAAGAAGUAACAAAUCCUAAAAACUCAAGGAUAAUUUCUGAUCAGGCCACUAAUCUUGAACCUGUGAUAAAAACUUUAGAUGCUCCAAUACUUUCCAAAUUGACUGAAAGCUCUAUACCUACAAAAAAGUUAACAAAUGUUUCAUUAAAUUCAUCAGAGAAUACUAAAGAUAAGAUAAAAAAAGCAACACUUAAAACCUACUCAGUAUUUCCGAAAUAUGAAACAAUAAGUAAUGAAGUUCAAAGUGAUAAAAAGAUAGGGGUAAGAACACCAACAUUUAAUAUAUUAAAUAAUGAUGAAACUGAUCGCGUUGAAGGAUAUUCAAAACCUCAUUUUAAUUUGAGUCAAAAAGUUAACACACCAAGAAUUAUUAAUGAUAGACAAGUAAUUUUAGAACAAAGCAGAAUUUGCAAAGAUCCAACAAAUGGUGAUCGUGAUUUAGAUAAAUAUAUGAGCCGAUCUUCAUAUUACAAAACUGGGGAUAGAUAUGCAUUAACUGCUAAUAGUCUACAUAAUUUGAGGAAUAGGGGAGAUAAAGAUUAUUCAUCAGAUGUUGCAGAGAAGGAACAAACUCUUGAAACUAGCUAUCAAGGUUUAGAUCCAGCAAUAUGGCAAAUAAUAACUACUAUUGCUGCUAUAUGCAAUUCUGCAGGUAAUAACAGAUGUCAGAAGUGUUGUCAUAAGCAUAAAUCUCAUAAAAAGAAGAAAGUACGAGAUAAACAUAAUAAUGAUGCAAUUAGCAACUUCAGCAACAAAUGUGAAAAAUCUACCAACAUAAAAGUUCCUUCAACAGGAGAUGUUAAAGUAGAAACUAAAACAAGUAUUCAGGAACCUAUACAUACUCAGAUAACUAAUCAAGAAGAUCCUAAAAAAGAUUUAAGAAGGUGUGAUGGUACAGACCAGUAUACAUGGGAUAAGAAAGUUGUUAGUCAAAGUAAUUGGCACAGUGUAGAAAGAAAACUUUCACAAAUUAGAGGGAGUAAUGAUUUAUAUGAAGAUAUAGAAAUAUCUGAUAUUAAUGAAUCUGAUCAAGAGGAAAAGAAUCAAAAUGAAAAGAUUCAAAAGGAAAUGUUACGACCUAAGUAUAGUGAAGUUGAUGAAUUUAUUCCAGAUCAACUCACAAGAUCCCGCAUUGGGAAAUCUCGUCAGUAUUUAGCUAAAAAGGACUUUAAAAAUAUAAAGCGUACACACAAACCAUUUGUUGGAGGACUUAUAACUCCUAGACGUCGGCCAUACAGUAGUUUAUCUGAGAUGGCAGCCUAUUUUGCUAAUAUAGAACCUCAGGAUCAAAGUGAUGUUAUAAGUAUGCUACUAGCUUGUAGAAAACUUGAAAAACAAAUAGAAGAACAACAAUUAGUCAUGCAAAUGCUCGAGCAUGACUUACGUGAAGCUCAGUCAGCUCUUAGAUUUCCUCCUGAGUGGCGAAUGUUGCAAAAAGUUGAUGUUGUUGGUCCUACUCCAGGAGAUACUGGACAAUUACCACCAACCAGUGAUCCAUUAUAUGCACAAAAUCAUCCUCAAGUGGAACCACCAUGGGUAAACAAAAAACCAAAAGAUUCUUUACCAAAUAGAAUACCUACAAGAGUAUAA